GGUCCUGGUGUGCUCUUUUUCUUUAGAAUCAUGCUCAUGCCAUUCGAUAACUUUCUACUGCAGAAGCUAAACGGACUUUGAACACCCAACGGAUCGUCUUAUUUUCAUAGAAUUCGAAUUAACUUUUGAGAAUGUCCACACUAAAUGAUCUGCCUGUCGAAUUGCUGUCUCAAAUUUUCAAGCAUCUUCCGCUUACAGAUCUUGAUAACUGCAGAUUGGUCUGUCGACAGUUCAUGUUGAUUUGUGAUGCAAUUCCAAUCACGGACCUAAUCUUUUGGAACAUCUCAUCGUCAUAUGGCAGCCGUAAAGACUAUUGGCAAUUUACCAACGAACAAUUCAGUUACUCGAAUUUAAUCGAUUUUCAUUAUGAAAAAAAGACUGGUCAUCGGUGGACAUUCAGAUUGGCUAAGCUCAAACAACUUUAUUAUCACGGUGGAGUGGAGAAUCCUUGUUUUUGGAAUCGAUUGAACGACCUACAUCAACUUGUUCACUUACGAUUGGAGAUGAAUGAAUUUUACUUUAAUGCGCUUAGAAUCAUUCAACUGAAUCUACCGAAUUUGGAGCGAUUGGAGAUUGGUGAAGGCUAUUCAGAGCAGUGUGAACUUCACUUGAAUACGCCCAAGCUUUCCAUGCUCACGUGCAGCGAAUUCGAGGCAAUUCGUAUCGCCGAUCCAACCACCAUUGAACAUCUUGAACUGGUUCGAUACACCGAAACUGCUGACCAACUGGUGAAUCUUAAAUAUUUGAAGGUUAAUUGGAAGACUAUUCGACACCGUAAAAUUUGGUCAAUAUUUGGCGAACUACAAACGCUGGUCUGCAAUUCGUUUGAUGAUGAUGGUCCGGAUGAUUUUGAUGCAUCCAUGGAAGCCAUACGGAAUCUAUUACUUAUAAAGAAACCCCACCAGAAAAUCUACUUUCAAUCGGUCGAAUUGGUCUAUCGGAGCACGAUCAACGAAUACGAAGCGUCGAAAAACAUUUUAGCUUUUCAGAUCAGCAAUUAUGGCUCGUUGUGCGCCAACAUAUCGCAUCACGGUCCACUCGAUUACAAUGAACUGAUGCGAUUGACGAAUGGUAAUCUACCGGUCGACUUUUUCCAGAAAUACUUUAACGUUCGAUCCGUCAAAGUUGUGGGUGAGGUAAACAAACCGGAACAUCUGUUGUGGUUUCUCAAACGUUUCGAGUAUUUGAAUCGUCUCGAAAUCGACUCAUCUUCCGUAAGUCAAGAGGUCUACAAUCAGCUACAUUCAAUUGGUCAACUAACGCGAAUAAUUGUAAAAAAUAAUGCGUCCAUUACCAACCAUGACGUCUUGUUAAAGCUUCGACUGUUAAAAGAGUUUUCAACCGACCAAAAUGGUGCACAUUUUUUGGAUUUGGCUCUUGCACUAUUCACAAGACACGACUUCUUUGCCAAAAUUAGUUUCAAUGUGCGAAGCGAACACAUUUGGAUGCAAAAAGUUUGGCAUUGUAGAAUGUAUCAAUUCACAAGACUAUUGCCCGGACAGAAGGGAACGGAAAAUGGCGGAUUCGAACUGUUGAAAUGUCCAAGAAGUCUAAUGGGCUUGGAUGAUCUCGAACAUGUAUUGAAAAAGUACAAAGUCUACUUAUCGACGGGUAAUUUUACCUAUCGUAAAGACCUUACGUAGAUUGAUCUUUUUUUUAAGUUUUCACAUAUUGCGUGAACUCAAAUCGUAAAUUUCAUAAACUUAAAAGAAAUCGUCAAAGCUUUACCCUUUUUAUAUUCGGAUGGCAACAUUUCAUUUUUUUUUUAAAUUCCAACAUUAAAUUACAUGAAAAAAUUGCACUGCGUAGCUUAUGCAAUAUGCGUUACAAUUCAAAGGAGCUACAACUGUUAAAUGUAAACAGUUGAAUAAAAAAACAGUACAGCGAACUAGAUAAUGAGGACACCCAGCCAAAGAAGAACUAAUGCUGUAAUCAGCAUUUGAUGUUCAAUAGAAGAUUGUUUUUUAAUCUUUCAAAUGGAUGUCGAGUAUACUGGGUCUUAAGGCAACUUUUGCUGAAAGGCAGUGUUAAUAAUAGCAUUUGAUCACAAUGAAUGUUCAAAAAAUCCGAAAUUUUGUUCUUCUAGUACUUCAAAUGUUAUUAGUAAUCCAUCGAAUGGAAUAUGAAAUCUAUUUAGAGAGUAGAUAUUUAAGCUUUUGCUAUUAUUAUUUUCUUCAAAAUCGAAAUUUUGAAAUUGAAUUUUUUGUAAUAUUUCUCAUAGAAAUGAAAUUAUAAACAUCAAAGAAUUGUUAACA